AAUUACAUCUUUUACCAUUAUUUUUUGAGCCUUGUAAUAUACGUCAAUUAAAAUCGGGGUCUGUCAUAUUUCUACUAAUUUUAUAUCUAUAUACUUGGGCUGCCCAGCGGAUGGUUCAAUCUGCUCAAACCGCCCAAACCAACUAAUCCACAACCAGACCGAUUCAACUGAACACACUCACGGAUGGUUUGCGGAUGAACAAAACGAUAAUCCGCGACAAGCGGAUUGGUUCCAAAUUGAACCGAACCGCUCAAAUAAUAGUUUACUAGUAUAUAAUCUGCUCAAUCAGCCCAAACCGACCAAUCCGCAACCGAACCGAUCCAUCCAAAUAUACUCACGGACAAUUGGCGGAUGGAGAAAACGGCAAUCUUGAUCGGAUUGGGAACCGGACCGAUCCGCACAGAACCGAUCCGCGGGUAUAUACAUAAUACAAGGAGUCAAGGACACAUAGGGCCCCUAAAUAUACGUGAAAAUUGGGGGAUGCAGCUUAUGCCCAAAGUCGGCCCUUGUCAAAUGGAACAAUGAUGGGUCCCACUUUGUGCCACAUGAGGAAUCGCAUGAGAGAUCGUCUGAUGAGAUGAUCUUGUUCGGGUAUUGAGACUUGAGAGCCUGAGAAUUCUCCCAGUGACUCAUUUACCCACUUCUUGAGGAUUUUUUUGCCACAGAUGUGUAUGGUGGUUGGCAGCAAGUGUUAAUUACCGAGUGUCUUGAUACUAUCCAUGAUCCAUGUGAGAUCAAAAAAAGAAAAAACUACCUCAUUGCUCGAUUCCAUUUUUUCUCCGCAAUAAUCUUGUGUCCGCGGCCACCCGAACCAGUUUCCUUAUCUGGAUUAGUUGCUGUGUUGUAGCUAAGUUGGAUUUCUAACCUGUACCUGACAGUAUGAUUCUGAUUUGAAUCACAUGCUAAUCUCAGCUAUGUUUGUGCCAUGUUUCUCUCCCACAAGUUCUACAGCUCGGCAACUCUUAUUUGGAUUAAAACUCACAGGCCUACCUUAGGACGAUUCUUGAUUUUAUUGCAGUGCACGAGUUGCAUUGACACCCGAUUUCUUGCAUUGUUGCCUCUCGUGCAUUGCUGGUAUUGCGAAAUAUGCAAUAGAAAAGAAAAUCAGAUAGUAAAUAGAUAGCAUUCUAUUUAGGGAACAUGAAGGAAGCAAUAUAAACAGAUAGCGUUUAUGCUGAAAUCUGUUGUGAAUUUUGAAGUAGAAAAACGUUGGGUAGUAGUUUGGAACCUGGUGGUUAUGAGACAUUCCGUAAACAUACCCAAGAUUUUCCAUAUGGAUCCACAAUAACCUUUUGAGUACCACACGAACCAGUUUACUUAUCUGGAUUACUAGCUGUAUUCUAGCUAACUUAGAUUUUUAACCUAUACCUGACAGUCUGAUUAGGAUCAUAUGCUAAUCUCAGCUAUGUUUGUGCCAUGUUUCCCUCCCACAAGUUCUACAGCUCGGCAACUCUUAUUUUGAUUAAACUUAGGCCUACCUUGCCAUAAUUCUGAUUUUAUUGCUGUGCACGAGUUGCGUUGAUGCCCUAUUUCUUGCAAAUUUUCCACUCGUGCAUUGCUGGUAUUGCGAAAUAUGCAAUAGAAAAGAAAAUUGGGUAGUAGUUUGAAACUUUUUGGUGGGGAGACAACCCACAAAACAUGGCCAUGAUAAGCAGUUAGAUCCAAAUCACAAACCUGGUGGUGAGGAGACAAUCUAUGAACAUCUCACAAGAUUAGCAUUUAGAUUUUAAUACAAUCAUGUUACAUUUCACUGAUAAUUUAAUAUAUGAGAUUCUUAAUGUCUCCUCCAGCCAAUGUCUUAUAUAAUGGAGCUUAUGCCAAGGGAAGAGUCACAUCUCACAAGAUUGAUCAAUUGUUCAAUCCAGUGCUAAGCCUAUAUUCCAAACUUGAAAGAACAAAAAUGUCUUCCUCUCCUUUGAGAUCGAAAUCCUACCAUGCCCGAUCUGUUAGCUUGCCUUCUAGAUCCCAUCCUCUCAUUCCUCAAUUCAGCGAGCAUUUGUGUAGACUAAGUACUUCUGAAGCCACCUCCUCAUCAUUGCCCUCGAUAUCAAAUAGAUUAAGCGGCCUUGAAAAUUUGUAUGACUGUGUCGAUGAUUUGCUGCUAUUACCACAAACCCAACAAAGAUUAGCAAGAGAAUCGAAUGAGAAAUGGGCUGGAGAAGCCUUAGAUGGAUAUCUCAGGCUCUUGGAUGCUUGUGCAGCCACUAAAGACAUCUUCUUACAAACAAAGGACGAUGUGAAAGAUCAACUCUCAGUUCUACGAAGAAAACGAGAUGCAAGUGACAUUGGUGGGUACUUGGCCUCUAGAAAGAAGGCGAAGAAGGUGAUCCAGAAGUUACUGAAGGAUUUGAAGAGUAUUGAAAACAAAGACACACUCAAUGUUCCGGCCUUGGACAAAGAUCAUGAAUCUGUUGCAACUUUUAGCAUGUUGAAAGAGGUUGAAGCUGUCACUGUUUCCGCACUGGAGUCCUUGUUGUGCUACACUUUGGGAACGAAUGUGCAAUCAAGGAGAAGUGGGUGGUCUUUGGUUUCCAAACUGAUCCACCACCAGAGAGCAACUUGUCAAGCUAAGGAGACAUUCAUCAGUGAGUUUGAGAAACUAGAUGCUGCAGUGCACUCUCCCAUCAAUUUUGAGACGAUGCAAAACCAACUAGGAGAGUUGGAGUUGAGCAUCCAAGUAGUGGAGGAAGUUCUAGAGCGCUUGCUUAGGCGUUUAAUUAGAACAAGGGUUUCCUUCCUCAACAUUCUCAACAACUAGCCUAGGAAAACGUGGAGCCAAUGCGCUCAUACUUGAUAUGUAGAUGAGAAAUAGACUUGUUUUUUGUCCUCCAAUUAUAAAUCAAUAUACUUG